UAUACAUGGCUAAAUCAUUCUAAGCAGCUUAACACUUUACGAUACGAUAGAGCAUUAUCUGCGCUGUUCGCGAACUCGUUUGGUCCUGCGCGCUUGCCGUAGCCUCCUUUCCAAAACGCGUUUUCCUUAUUGUUCUAUCGCAUCGAGUCCAUAUCUGCAUAGAGGGCGGAGGACGCGAGCAGCGCAGAAAUCCGAUAUUAACCGGCGCCGCCUUGUCCACUUCAAGUUGACCACACUUACAAUAAGAACAAACAGAAACACUCGUAGGUGCUAAACGGUUGUCUCGUGACGGGUCGGGAGACGGACGCAGCCGAGCGCCGUGGCGCGUGAGCUCUCGCGGAAUCGCCGUGGAAGCGCAACCACCAACGACAUGGCAGAUUUGGGCAUCGACAAGAACAGCCUGCCGGGCGUGAAGGAAGUGUGUCGGGACUUUGCGGUGCUGGAGGACCACACACUGGCCUACAGUCUCCAGGAGCAGGAAAUUGAAAACCACUUGGCAUCCAACAUUCACAAGAGCCGCUUGGUCCAACAGGAUCUGCAGGUUGCCAAGAGGCUGCAGGAGGAGGAAGACCUCCGUGCCAAGGCCCACAUUCAGAGACAACACAAAGACAUAGAGCGCAGCGACAAUGAGAUCGCCCAAGAGAUUCAAGAGCAGCUGGUCAGGCAGGCUGAACAGCAGAGGCAGCAGGAGGAGAAAGACGAGGCUAUUGCUCGCAUGCUGCAGGAGAAGGAGAUGAAGGAAGAAAGGCGACGACAGAAGCAGCUGGAGGCCCACUAUGAGGAGGACUAUUAUGAGGAGAAAGGAGCCUCCCGACCUCGAGACCGCAACAAGGGCCGCUACCCUGAGUGCGAACCUGCAGAGUACGAUCAGAAUGAACGACCUUGCCACUCUCCCUCGGAGGGUAGCCGGGACAAACGCCACAAGUACGAUUUGCCUGAAGGCCAGCAGAGUGAAUGCUAUGAACAGAAAAAUUCAAAACACAAGAGGGACAAUUUCUCCGAAUGCUUCCCCAUAGACUCCAACCGGAGCACUUACCCCCCGCAUGAGCCUUCAUGCCAGAGGAGGGAUAAACUGCACCGCACUCAGGACUGGCCAGCAGAGGCUGCGGGGGCUCACUCGGACUUGUGCGCAGUAAGCGGGGACCUGGGGGGGACCCAGGGUUCCGGAGACGUGGAGAUGGUGGUGCGAAGGAAGGAAAGGCAAGUCAGCAGGGAGAGAGAAAAGGAGAGGAAGCGGGAGGCAAAUGGGGUUAGGUACCGGGAGAGAGAAGGUGGACGAGAUAGAGGUCAUAACUUGGACUGGGAAAGAGACUAUAACAUGAGGACAGAAUGGGAUAAGGACAGGGAGAGACAGAGAGAAAGAAAUUAUAAUAAGCAGAAUGGUGGAGAGAGACCCAAAGAAACAGACUGUAGCAUUGAGAGAACAAAAGACAGGGAAAGACGCAAAGAAAGGGACUAUAAUGUGGAGAUGGACAGAGAAAGGCACAAAAACAGGGUCCACAAUGUGGGGAUGGACAGGGAAAGAUAUAAAGAAAGAGACUGUAUUGUAGGAAGGGAGAAGAACAAGGAAAAACACACAGAAAGGGAUUAUAAUGUGGAAAGAAACAGAGAAAGAGACUACAAUGUGGAAAGGGAUAGGGAAAAAGACAGAGCAACGAACAAGAAAGACAGAGAGCGCGACUAUAGUUUAAAUACUGAGAGGGAAAAAGAUGGGGAGAGACAUGGAGAAACACACCACAGCAUUGAGAGGGAUGCUGCGAGAGACAGACACAGAAACCGAGGGAACAGUGGAGAAAGGCUUAAAGACCGGGAAAGACACAAGGAUGGACACAACAGAGGCACUGACAGGGCAGUGCCCAGCACGAGCCACGUCUCGCUGGCGGACAUGCCUACAGAUGAGGACCGCUGGACAGACAGACCAAGGAUACACUCGUGGGAUGAUGAGAUGUUGGAAGAGCUCAGCCCCAAAACUCAAAGGAGAAGGGAAAGAAGGGGGCACCGGGACCGUCAUGAGGAGUUUGCUAGAGCACGUUCACACACUCGUGAGGACUCUCCCCCACCCCACUCCCCCAGGGAGCCAGGCAGGAAGGUACGAGGUGAAUAUGGCAUGAGGGAAGCCACCCAAGGGGUCAGUCGAAUGGAUCUUCGAGAGCAAGAGCUGAAGGACCUAGAGGUGGCCAGGAAGCUCCAGGAAGAGGAGCUCAAGUCAAGUCAGGUGGAUAAGCGAGCUGCCCAGGUUGCCCAAGAUGAGGAAAUUGCCCGUUUGUUGAUGGAAGAAGAGAAGAGGGUUUACAAAAGGUCUAGAGAUCGAGAAAAGCCUUGCAUGGACAGAAGACCCGAGGGAGAUGGAAAGCCAGGGUAUGAAGAAGUCGUGAGGCCCAGGUCACGGGAUGAGUACUACCAGAAGCCCCGGAACCACAAGGCGGAGAGGCCACCCUCUCGCGGUCAUGACUACGAGAAUGUAGACUCUAGCUAUCUGUAUCCAGCUGCUCACCAUCCCAGUCGCGCUUCCCCUGGCCCAGAAACCACAUAUAAAGGUUCCUACAACAGGCAGUGAUCUUGGAUCCAUUGCUGCCAUUUAUCCAUCAUUUUACAUUAUUUCCAAUUUUAAAACCAUCUGUAGCUGUUGACAUUUUUGAGACCUGGAGUUUCCCCACAUGCUUUGUAACUCGCCUGUGCAGCAGAGUUCGUCUUCAUGGGGAUUACAGUAACCAUUGGAUAAAGGCUGUUUUUUUGGGGCUGGACACCAAAAAUGACAAAUGAAGGAGUCCUAAUAUGAACUCAUAAGUCAUAGAAAUAUGGGAACUGUAAUUUAAUUUUAUUUUCAGCUGUGCCCUUGAGCUGAAGAGAUGUUUACGCUGCCUGAAGAUGUCUCAUUUUGUCUCAGUGCUGUGUUUUGUUGGAUCACUGAAGGUGAAUGCUUGCUGUCGUCAUGCCAAGCGUUGCCCUUUCGCAUGUAUCCCGAUGUUGUCUUUGAGCCUGCCGCUGUGCAACGCACGUUUCGUGACUCGAGGGGGUCUGGCUUACUUGUGCUCUGUAUCGUGCACUCUGUUUCGAAUGACUGCUUUUUAUUCAUUGUGUGUCUGCAGAGGAUGUAGUUGCGUCUCAAAAUCUUGGUUUUUAACUCAAGAUGAUGUUAAUGAAGGAGUUGAGGAGACCCCAGUAGAUGGGCAUUAACCCAGAACCCUCGGUUUUUUUUUU